GUUUCUUAUUUGUGUAAGUGGGGUACGCCGUCGACACGAGAGAUCUCUCCAUAAAAGUACGGUUUUCUGGCAAUACACAGUUAAAACUUUACCGAAGAAAGUUGUAUUUCAUUUGUUAAAAUCGAGAAGUCUUGAAAAUGGCUAAAACUCUCAAUUCUGAUGGCGCUUUACUGAAUAAAAUGGAGUGGUUCAACUAUCUAACCACCUGUAAAAUGGAUCGGUUUGCACAGGAUCUUCUUCAUGCAAACCAACCACUCGUGCCCGAAGCAACUCCGGUACCUGGAUUUGAGCGCUUGAUAUGUGCUCCUCACAUCAGUCGAAAUCAGAAAAUUCACACCAUGAGGCAACUAGUUGAGUUUCCUCAAGAAAAGUCCUUCUUGGAUGAUCUGUAUGCCCUUCAAGGCGACGAAGUGGAUGCUCUUUUCAAUGGGAUUUCGGCCAGUGGCUUUUCAGACCACUCUGUUUUCAAUCCCGAACCAGAGAGAUAUAAAGAUAUUGAUCACCUACCAGACCCAGCAGUCUUUGAUGGGCUGCUAGAUGAAGUACCCACUGUGCCAUAUACACCCAGUUUUGUCCCAUUCGUCUCGAAAGAGGAGGCUAAGUUCCAAGUUUGUGGUGAUUCAGUGUACAAUUCACCUGCUAGCAGCAGCCCUCCCUACAGCCCACCUACCAGUGAAUCUGGUUCAAACACCAGUGCUGAUGAAGGGAUUCAAAGUGACCUUGAAAACAUUGAUGAUUUUUUUCUGGAUAGAGUGAGUCAAUCUGCAGAGUCACCCUUAUCAGUAAAUGGUGAAGCUGUCACAUGCAAUAUUAAACAAGAAUCAACUGUGUCAGCUGUUGUGCCGAAGCCAGUGAGGAGACGAAAGCGUGGGCCAAGACCACUGGUCAAAUAUCGAGGUGAUGGACCAAUUCAACUGUGGCAGUUCCUACUGGAGUUAGUCACUGAUCCUAAAUGUUCAAAACUGAUCAAGUGGACUCAGGAUGAGGACUACGAGUUCAAGAUCCUUCAGCCCUCAACAGUGGCUAGGAUGUGGGGGAAAAAGAAAAAUAAACCAACCAUGAACUAUGAGAAGCUGAGCCGUGGUAUCCGUUACUACUAUGGCAAUUCAGUGAUUGAGAAGGUUCAUGGAAAAAGAUAUGUUUACAGGUUCUUGUGUGAUAUCCCCAAAAUUCUUGGCUAUGAUCCAAUGGCCAUUAAAUGCGAAGACAUUGUGGAUGAUGCUGUGUGUGGAGAAGCUGUACCUGAAGUCAAUGAUACACCACAUGUUGCUCCUUCAGUUGAAGAUAGCUUUCUUGCUGGAUAUCUUGACUUUAGUGUACUUUAUAGUUAAAUUCUUACAGUUUAUGUUGAGACCCAAAACGUUAUGUAACGUUAAGUUGUGUUACUGUUAUUGCAGUUAUUGUUAUUGCGGUGACACUUUUUGUAGCUUGUAUCAAGCAGAUUAUGUGGUAGUCAGCCCAAUGAUUUAUAAAUCGUAUCGAUUUUAUCCAUGCAAAUGUUGUGAAGUAAAUUGUACAAUCACUCUGCCACAUCAAAUUUGGUAAAGGCCCAGAGGGAUUGGAUGGUUUUCUUUGCAAGAUUUGCAAUAAACUGCAUACUUUGUAUGUGCUCUGUGAAAAUAAAAAGAUUGUAUUUGUAAGUGUGAGAUAUAUUUAGACGAAUGAAAGGAAAUCUGUUUCCUUUUAUUCUUUGCCAUUUUAAAGGUCUUGCGAUGUCUUGUGGAUGCUGGCAUGAAAUGCUAUGAUUAUAGUUACAUCAAUAUUGUAAAAAAUACAUAAUUUCAAUAUUUACAUUAGUACAUGAGCUGCAUAAUCCAAGGCUCACUCAGGUGUUAAGAGGAAUGAUGAAUCUGUCUGUUUUCUAGGAAGUUGAAAAAUAUUUGCCAUAUCUUUGAAAGUUAUUUCUAUACACAAUUUAAAGUAAUAAAUAAUUAUUGUUACACUGAACCAGUGAGCACUGUACUUUUUGCCUUUAUAUUGCUACCAGGUAGCUUUAUUUGUUACAAAUUAGUGUCUGUAAUAUGCUAUUGAGUGGGUGGAAAUAAAAUGCUUCUUAAAUGUA